AUGAACUUACAUCCUCUAUUCUCUAUAGCUCUCUUCUUCUUCAUUACUUCAAUAGAAGCACAUCGAGGAAGAUCCAGAAAGGAUGGAAGACACGAUCACUUCUUAUCCAUUGAGCCCUCCUCUUCCUCUUCUUCUUCGUCUUCUCAUGAUUCCUCUUCUGACGAGGUUGAAUCCACAAGAGGCUCCGGAAAACGAGGACAUCACAAGCCAAGACCUCCAAUAGCACAGGAACCAGUUGAGGAGAAGUGUCCGACGGAUUGGUUGACAUUUGAUAGGCCACAAGGGAAAUGGUGUGUCAAGGUGAGUGAGAAAAACUACCAUCUGAGACGGGUUUUGAAUGAAAGUUGUCAGUGGAGCAAGCGAACUGCACCAAACUUGGUAUGA